UAGACUUUAAAUAAAAAUAUAUAUGACAAUCUUUCCUUUUAAAAAAAUUAGGGUCUCUCUCUGAAGUUUAGCUUUAGGCCGCCAAUCUUUUGAGAAGGCCCUGAUCCAAAUUUUAUGUUUAUAAAAAAAAAAAAAGUUUUUAUGCCAAAUGGAACCAUGCCAAACUUGGUAUGGUGGUUUUCAUGAAAAAAAAGAAAAAAGAAAAAGAACCAUGCCUAACAUGCUUGGUUGGGCUGCAUCGUCGCAAAGCCUAUUCGAAAAAGGAGGUCUUCCAAGAAUUCAGGAGGAACUUGUGGAUGACUAAAGGAACAUAUUUGACUUGUUGGAAAAAGAUGACUUAAUCAAUCCAAUAAAAAAUGUGGCCUAAACUUACAAUUUUGUGUGGAGUACAUAUCUUGAGUUCUCAUUACUAUUUCCCAAAUUAAACUUCCACCACUCUUUUCUCUUCCCUAUUCUAAGCAUACUCUCCUUCACUAGCAAAUCAAGACUUUUAACAUUCAUCCUUCGUUACACACAAGACUCUCUCUCCCUUUGUACAUCUGUCUAAUCAAUAUAUUUUUAAAGGGAUAAUUAGCUUUCUUUAUAUAAUAUAUAGUUUCUUCCUUUCUUCUUUCCGAGAGAGAGCACAGAAAUUUUAAUUUCCUCCGUAUCUCUCCCUUUUCAAUAAUUCUUUUUUUGGGCUUAAUUGAUAAAUUGUUAGAAUGCUUCCAAUCUUCUGAAAAAAACAUUGGGAUUGGACUUCUCAUUGGCAUCUAUCUCCUCCUAUUUUAUUCUUUAUUUAGUUAACACGAAUUCUACCCAAAAUUAUUUCUUUUCCAUUUUUUGGAGGAUUUGUUUGCUGUCUUGUCACAUUUCCACAAUAACUUUCGAGAGAGUAUCGACAAAAUAGGCAUGAACCCAGUUUGUUCGCCAUAUUUUGAUCCUGAUUAUGAUAGCCUAGCUGAGAGGAUAAAUGGCCCAAAAUGCCGAGUUACUCUUGACAAUGAGAGUCUAGAGAAUUGUACAGUAGUGAAGAUUGAUAGUGUAAAUAAGCAAGGUCUCCUGUUAGAAGUGGUCCAAGUGCUAACAGAUAUGAAUCUCAUUAUAUUGAAAGGCUAUAUAUCUUCAGAUGCUGGAUGGUUCAUGGAUGUCUUUCAUGUCAAAGAUGAGCUCGGUAACAAAGUUACCAAUCAGAGAGUUAUCAACUAUAUUCAGCAGGCCAUUGGUGCAAAUAGGGAGGGAAUAGAGAAAUCAAAGACAGGAAGUAGAAAAUUUUUCAAAUGUGAAUCUCCACCAGAGCCUACAGCAAUUGAAAUGACUGGAAGAGACAGGCCAGGACUAUUUUCAGAGAUAUCAGCUGCCUUAGCUGAUCUCCAUUGCAACGUUGUGGAAGCACAUGCAUGGAGCCAUAAUGCACGUUUAGCUUGCGUUGUUUACAUUUCAGAGGAGUCUACUGACACACCUAUCGACCACACUCGCUUGACAGCUAUCGAAGAUCAUCUCACCACAGUGCUCCGAGCAACUACUGCUCGGAGCACAAACGAAGAUAAUAUGAAACAACAAGAAGUGAAAACCGCUUAUGGACUUAAUCCAGAAGGAGAAGGCACGGUGACCGAUGUGGAACGUAGACUACAUCAGCUUAUGCUAUCUGUUCGUGAUUUUGAAAGCCCUUCAAACCCGCCUAUAAGUAGUUCUCCCGGAUUAAUGGGGUCUCCAAGAUUAAUUGACAGCACUCAUGAUAAGGAAGAGAAAAUGUUGAGUGUGCGUAUUGAGAAUUGUCAUGAGAAGGGAUAUUCAAUAGUUUCUAUUCAGUGCAAGGAUCGCAAGAGGCUCAUGUUUGAUACUGUUUGCACUCUUACAGAUAUGCAGUAUGUCAUCUUCCAUGCUUCCGUUGAUUCCCGUGGGGGUUAUGCAUUUCAGGAAUAUUUCAUAAGGCAUGUUGAUGGAUAUGCAAUGAGCACAGAGAGUGAGAAAGAAAGAGUGAUAAAAUGCUUGGAAGCUGCCAUUGAACGAAGAGUUUGUGAGGGAAUUCGAUUAGAACUAUGCGCCAAUAAUAGAGUAGGAUUGCUCUCUGACAUUACUCGGGUUCUUAGAGAGAAUGGUCUAGCGGUUGUUAGAGCAGAUAUAGCAACUGAGGGAGGGAGAGCAAGAAAUAUAUUCUACUUAAGAGACAUUUCUGGUAAUAAUAUAGACAUGAAAUUUGUCAAGUCCAUGAAGACCGAGAUGGGCGAAAUUGAUGUUGCUGUGAAUAACGAGACAACCACAACCGCAACAACAACAACCAAAACCUCCAUGACACGUGGAAGUUCUUUUCGGUCUCUUGGAGAUUUAAUGAAAUCUCAGUUCGAAAAACUCUCCCACAACUUCGUUGCGAUCUAGUGGUGUCACACGUUAGCCGGUUUAGCAACUAGAUGAUGUACAUUCCUAGAUAUUUUUUGUUGUUUGAUAGGAUCAUAGGUAGACAUUGUACAUAUGUAUAACUUGUAAAUUUGUCAAUUGAAUCUAUUCGUGCACAUUUCAAUUUGACAACCCAAGGAUAUUAUCUUUGAAUAAAAGCUGAAAUUUUCCUUUACGCAGAAAAAGAGUCGGCUCUUAUUUAUUCGCUUUAAGAAACUAGAGGGCAGGUGAACAGUAGAAUUCAAUCUCUAGAUUCGGCGCCUGGUACUAACACCCCAUCCUCAAGGCUCUGCCAGAAGGCCUUCCACUGACGUGUCUGGCCCCUCAAAAUGAU